CGCCAAGAUACAUCUGCGCGGGCCAUCCGGUCUGCGGGGGGUGCUCCUUAGCUGAACUCUGUCCGAGGUGUGUUCGGCAUCAGGUUUUGGGAGGGAAAAGAAUACGGCAGAUGCAAGUCCCUCUUCUUGCGGGCGUAUGGUCCCGCAGGCCCUGUUCGGAAUGUGCUUAAAUACCGAGUCCGACUUAUUCCACGACUGUAGACCAAAUUGCUCUAUACUCAGGCUCUCGCCAAUUCUUUGUCCCAUUCACCACGUACGAUGGCUACUAUUUCGCAAGCGCCUGCGCUGGGGGUAAACCCAGGCAUGACUCAAGGUCUGAAGACAUCCACCGAGCAUGUCGAACAUGUUGAGCACGUAGAAGACAAAGCAUCUACCGGCGAAAGGACGAGUUUGCUUGGGCUGAAAAACAUUGAGACUGCAGCAUAUGUGGUGGAUCAAGUGAACGCUGAUUUCGAGUUGGUCCCAAUCAUUCUUGACGAGAUUCGUCCAAAUGAAGUUCUUGUUGAGAUGAAGUACAGCGGAGUGUGCCACACCGAUAUAGUCACACAGCAAGGCGGCCUCCCCUUUGUUGAGUUUCCUGCAAUUUUCGGUCACGAGGGAGCUGGCGUAGUCCGUGAUAUCGGAAGAGACGUCCAAAUCAAAGACCUCGCCAUUGGUGACGCAGUCCUCCUCUCCUUCAAUCACUGCGGGUCAUGCAAGACAUGCACGAGCGGCCACUCUGCGCUCUGCCCAGACUCCUCAAUGAUCAACAUCAACUCGGUGCGCGUGGGCGACCGCAGCACGCCAGCUCGGCUAGCUUCGGAUGGCCGUGCUGUCCGCAGUCAAUUUUUCGGGCAGUCGUCGUUCUGCAAGAUGUCCGUAGUCAACGAGAGAUCAGUGGUGAGGUGUCCGCCGUCGGCAGUCGAACACAUGGGUGUAUAUGCCCCACUCGGAUGCGGACUCCAGACCGGCGCCGGAACGGUCAUGAACGUCGUCAAGCCGGGCAAAGAAGAUUCCAUUAUCAUCUUCGGACUCGGAAGUGUGGGUCUGGCGGCGCUGAUGGCGGCACGCUACCUCGAGACCGGACAGAUCAUUGCGGUCGAUAUUGUUCCCGAACGCCUCGAGCUUGCAAAGGAGCUCGGAGCCACUCACACCAUCAACUCGAGAGAAAGCAGCGACAUUGUACAAGAAAUCAAGAAGAUGAGCAACGGGGGUCCGAAAUUUGCUGUAGAAUGCACUGGAAUCUUGAAGGUCAUUGAAGACAUGAUCGCAUGCAUUGGCUCCCUGGGUUUAGCCGUUCAGGUCGGGGUACCGCCUCCAGGAGCAGCAAUCAAGCUCGACCCGCAAGAGUUCCUGAUUGGCAACAAGAGAUAUAUUGGCAUUAUUGAGGGAGAUGCGGUUCCAGCCGAGUUCAUUCCUCGACUGAUCUCCAUGCACCAAGAAGGCAGAUUCCCCAUCGACCGGUUGGCCGGGUUUUACCCAGCAUCACAGUUGAAUCAUGCCAUACAAGAAAUGGCUGCCGGAAAGGUCAUCAAGCCAGUGAUUCAAUGGAGCUAGGACAACAUUCACUAUGGCACACGCGAUUAGCUGAGGUAGCAGACAAAGCAAAUGACACGGAAUUCAAAGGCCUCGAACAAAUGAUCGUCAGUACGGUACAUAGACCUGGUAUAGAGAUUUCAACUUCGAGUGGUUCUAGAUUUGGUUUCACAUUUUCUUUCACUGGGUCCCGCGGUUAGCUGUCAACUAUCAUGAAAGUUCCAGGUCAGUUGGCUUGUCGAUCCCAC